AUGCUCUGCAAGGAGGUGGAGCGAGACCCCCAACACACUAGCCUUGUUUGGUUCCAAAGAGCAGGAAAUACUGAGAUUCCUAUGUGGGAAAGUCAGAGAAAGGUUCUUGAAGAGAGGGCUAUUGGAGUUGGGGUUUUGCAAGCUGAAGAGGAGCUUGCAGCCUAUUUGAAAAGUGAAGGAUCCAAGAAACACUACUACCACUACAAAACUACCACUAGCACCACACACCACAACAAAACCGUCUCCUGUGUCCGCAGCUCCAGUGCCCCGGUGCUCUACCUGGCCAGAUCCUUGUUCCCACUGCUGCUCAUCGUGGCUUUCAGCGCGCACCCCAACACCGCCUGCAUCGUGUUGCACCUAAAAAAUGGCACGUCAGUCGGUUGCUUUCCUCCAGAACAGGUGCCCAGGACCCUCCCUGAGAACACCAUCCAUGUGGUAGUGGAAUUUUUCAACCUCACCAAGCUACCCAAGGAAUUCCUACAAAGCGCCCCAAACCUGCGCCAGCUGCAUCUUUCCAACAACCAGCUGCAGAACCUCUCGACCAAUCUCCUGCGGCCGGUGCCUCGGCUCCAAGUGCUCGAUCUCACCCGCAACGCCAUCACCGAGCUGACCCCCGGGUUGUUCGAGCUCUCGGAGGCCCUUCAAACGCUGGUGGUCAAGGAGAACCGGCUGCAGCAGCUGGAGGCCUCGUCGCUGCAGGGCCUGUGCGCCCUGGAACAUCUGGACCUGUCGGGGAACCAGCUUUCCGCGCUGCCUUUGGGGCUGCUGGCCAACCUCACGCGGCUCCGCAUCCUCGACGUGUCUGCCAACCGGCUGGAGGCUCUGCCCCCCGAUCUCCUGCGGGGUCCCCAGCAGCUGGAGCGCUUGCAUCUGGAGGGCAACCGGCUGCGCGUGCUCGAGAAGUUGGUUCUGGCCCCGCAGCCCCACCUGCGCUACCUGUUCCUGGGCGAUAAUCAGCUGCAGGAGGUGGAGGCCGGCGCCUUCCAGCACCUUCUCCAGCUGGACAUGCUGGACCUCGCCAACAACUCCCUGAGCCGCGUCCCCGAGGGCCUCCUGGGCUCCCUGGGGCAGCCAGGCCGGGCCAUGGCCGAUGGCUUUGACCUCUCCAGCAACCCCUGGGUGUGCGGCCCUGACUUGGACCACCUCUACCGCUGGCUGCUGGCCAACGAGGAGAAGAUGUUCUCGAAGGAGGAAACCCUCUGUGCUGAGCCUGCCCACCUCCGGGGCCAAAAGCUUCUAGAUCUCGCCCGGGCGCUCUGAGCUCUUUGCCAGCC